ACAUGCCUAGCAAGUUUGGACAAGCCAUCUUAAUGCCUUCACCACCCAAACCAAGCUUAUGCGUCACUCAGAUUUUUUGUUUGGUUGUUGUCCUUGUCGUUUCUAAUUGGAUAGAUUGAUGAUGGAUAGCUCUUGUUAGUUUAAUUGGCUUUUCGGUUAACGGCCAUAAAAACAUCUCCAAACUUCUCCAAAUUUUCAUCCUUAUCACUUAAUUAUUAUGAUGAUGAAGAAAACAAAAACAGUGGUAUUUACCCAAGAAAAAUUUGAUUCAUAGAUAUAAACAAAUAGGCUUCUCCGCCGCACCGGAGUUGCAGUCACCACCGCCUUUAAUUUAAAAUUUUUAAGUUUUUUUAAUCUUUUUUAUAUAUUAUUAGUAGGAUUAUUUUGUUCCACACAAACAAUAUUAAUAAAUAAAAAAAAAGAACAAAAGAAAAGCCCAGCCACGUUCUUCACCGCCUCUUUUUUUUUAAAAGAACCCAAAAUAACACUCAGUUAAAGAAACCCAGAAGAGGGAAACUUGAGUGUUUUUUGUUGGAAAGAUUUGAUUGUUUGACCAAGUUAUGGGAUCUGUUUCAAUGGACCCUGCCGUUUUGGAUGAUAUAAUAUGUCGUUUAUUGGAGUUUAAGCAAGCCAGGCCAGGGAAGCAAGUGCACCUGAUGGAAGGUGAGAUCCGUCAGCUUUGCACUGUUGCAAGAGAAAUCUUUCUUCAACAGCCUAAUCUUCUUGAACUUGAAGCUCCCAUCAAGAUCUGUGGCGACAUUCAUGGGCAGUACGCUGAUCUUCUGCGGCUUUUUGAAUAUGGGGGUUUCCCUCCUAAUGCCAAUUAUUUAUUCCUAGGGGACUAUGUUGAUCGUGGCAAGCAAAGUCUGGAAACAAUAUGCCUUUUGCUAGCCUAUAAGAUCAAAUAUCCUGAGAACUUCUUUCUUUUGAGAGGGAAUCAUGAAUGUGCUUCUAUUAAUCGGAUAUAUGGAUUUUAUGAUGAAUGCAAACGAAGGUUCAAUGUGAGACUUUGGAAAAUUUUUACUGAUUGUUUUAACUGUCUUCCAGUGGCUGCCCUAAUAGAUGACAAAAUAUUGUGCAUGCAUGGUGGCCUUUCCCCUGAUCUAACAAAUUUGGAUCAAAUUAGGAGUCUAACCCGCCCAACUGAUGUUCCAGAUUCUGGUUUGCUUUGUGAUUUACUUUGGUCAGAUCCUGGUAGGGAUAUCAAAGGCUGGGGUAUGAAUGAUCGAGGAGUGUCAUUCACCUUUGGCCCAGAUAGAGUCUCUGAUUUCUUAAUGAAAAAUGAUAUGGACCUUGUUUGCCGUGCCCAUCAGGUUGUUGAAGAUGGAUAUGAGUUCUUUGCUGACAGAAAGCUUGUUACAAUAUUUUCUGCUCCCAAUUAUUGUGGUGAAUUUGAUAAUGCUGGGGCAAUGAUGAGUGUUGAUGAAAGCUUAAUGUGCUCUUUCCAAAUUCUUAAGCCAGCAGAUAAAAGGUCCAAGUUCAUUUGAGGGACAUGAUGACUGAUGCCUCUGUUCCUAUUUUGAAUUGCCUAUUCCACUUGGGAUUCGAGAAGCAACCUUCAAAGAUUAGGAUGCUGGUGUUGGAGCUCCUUGAAGAUCUGUGAUAAGAGAUAUAACCAUUUCCUCCACCAUGUUAAGGGUACAGGUUAUCUGUUUAAAGUAUUUAUAACCAUAUGAAAUCGAAAGACAAGACGUGGUUGACACUGAGCUCAACCAAUGUUUGACACAUGGCAUCCUUUGAUUUUUUUUUUCCAUUUUUUAGUACCAAAGGCAUUUUCGAUAUUUUCUUUUA